UUUGGAUGAUGUGACUGAAUCAUGCACUAAUAACAAAAUGGCUGUUUGAAGUAUGAAGCCAGGUAUCGAUUGCUGCAAACAUGAAUUUCAAUGAAGAAUCCCAGAUGAUGGCUAUGGAGGAGAUGUUAGGCGAGGACCAGGACCAGGACCAGGCCCACGCGGAGAAGCUGAAGCGGACUCUGAGAGCUCAGCGGCGGCGCAGAGAGCAGCCCCUGCUGGAGGCGGUUGGUCCCGCUGUGCUGCUGGCGGAGGAGGAGGCGGAGAAGGACCGAGCCGGGAUGGCGGCGCUUGCAGCUGCUGCCCGGGCACCGCGCAGCUUGCCUCCUGUCCCUUCUACCUCAAGAACAAGCUUUGCAGAAUUUUCCGUUAGGGAACGGAUGAGAGAAAAAUUAAAAGCCGCAAGGUCUAAAGCAGAAAAUGCUUUACUGCAAGAAGGUCCAAGACCAAGGCACUUAAAAAGCCUCAAGCAAAGAGAGUCAGAAACCAGAUGGGAUAAAGAGUCUGAAGAUGAGUCAAGGCACAUGCAAGAGGAUGAAUCCCAGAUGUCUUCUAGAGUCAAGUUUCGUGAUUCUGUCAAAAAACUCAAGCAAAAGUCACAUGUCCAGACUGAUUUUCCUUCUGCUGAAGAAGCAUAUAAUUUUUUUACUUUCAAUUUUGAUCCUGAACCAGAGAAUAUAAAGGAUGAAACUAAGAGCAAAAAGAAGAGUGAAUCAAAUCAGGAGGAAGAGGAAGGGGAAGAACAGGAAUCUAUAGUAAGCCAUCAACAAGAACAAACAGAGGAUGGAAUGGAUGAAGAGGACUGCCUUGUUAAUGAUAGAGAAGAUUUAUUCAUUAUAGAUCAAAUGGCUCGUGAUUUUCUAGUAGUAAAACCUGCAGACUACAAAAGCUAUUCUGAGCAACUACAAAAGGAAAGAGAAAUUUUGUUCACUCCAAGCAUCCUAACAGUGCCUAUGUCUCAGAAGGUGCCUGAAAACAUGCAGCCGAGGUACCUAGAAGAUGAGGGUCUUUACACAGGAGAAAGGCCCAUAGUGUCACUAUCUAAUCAAAACAUUCUAGAGAACAGAAUACUGAGACAGGAGCAGGGAAAAAGGUGGUUUGGAGAUGAUGGCAAACUCUUAGCAUUGCCUAGUCCAAUUAAACAAUCUUCUACGAGACCACCAAUAUUUUCAUUGGAGGAAGGCAUAGAACCAGAACUUGAAACAUUGUAUAAAAAGGCAAUGAAACCUAUGCAUGCCAACCAAUAUAUUGUUGGAUCUGGGGACUCUCAGGGACAGUUUCAACUGGACAUUGAUAUUUCUGGGUUAAUAUUCACCCAUCAUCCCUGUUUUAGCCGUGAACAUGUUCUGGCAGCCAAAUUGGCUCAGUUGUAUGAUCAAUAUCUAGCAAGAAGACAGCAAAACCUUACCAAACUCCUUACAGAUAAGCUGCAUGCUCUGAGGAAUGCUGUACAGAGUAGUUUGGACAACAGUGGAACCAAUGUCCCAAAUCCUGUAGCACAACAGAGCGUAACUGAAUAUAAAUUUGUAAUCAGGCAAACCAGAAGACUUCGUGAUGCUGAACAAGAAAAAGACCGAACGUUGCUGAAGACUAUUAUAAAAGUUUGGAAAGAAAUGAAAUCCCUGCGUGACUUUCAGAAGUUUACUAACACACCCAUGAAACUCUAUUUGAGAAAGGAAGAGGUUGACCAGAGAUCAGAUAAAAAAAUCUAUGAAGCAGAAAUUCAGGCUGAAAUAAAUGAACUAUUAGAAGAAUACAUGGAAGAGUAUGAAAAGAAAAUGGAAGAAUACAAAACUGAGCUACAAGAGUGGAAAUCUUGGAAAAAGGCACAGAAGACCAAGAAGAAAAAGAAAAUAAAACAAAGUCAAGACCAAGAGGAAGAAGAAGCAGAGGAGUCAGAAUAUGGUGAGGAACCAGUAAAACCCAUCCCUCCUAAGCUGGCUGAUAGGCUGGAGGUAGAGCAACAAGUUAGAGAAAAAGCCAUCAACAUCAGGAGGAAACCUGGAGAACCUGCUUUAAUUCCUGAGUUGAGCCUGACGGGAAGUGUAACUCCUAAUGAUCUGUGCCCCAGGGCAGAAGUUUUAAGACGAGAAGAUGUAAAGAAGCGUUCAGUGUUUUUAAAAGUCCUUUUCAACACUAAAGAAGUGUCGAGGACUGUCACCCGGCAAAUAAGCUCAGACUUCAGAGUUCACUUUGGACAAAUUUUCAAUUUGAAAAUAUUCAAUUGGCCAGAGAGUUUGAAACUUCAGAUAUAUGAAACAAUGGGACUCAGCAACACUAACUUGUUAGCAGAAAUGUUUAUACCUGUCCCUGAGACUACAGUUCUCACUGGUAGAGCUCGUACAGAAGAAAUAGAGUUUAGCAGCAACCAGCGUGUGAUGUUGGACCACGAAGGAGUUGGGAGUGGCGUGCCAUUUUCAUUUGAAGCUGAUGGUAGUAAUAAGAUUACUUUAAUGACCUCUGGCAAAGUGUCCAAUAGUGUUUCCUGGGCAAUUGGAGAAAAUGGAGUACCCUUAAUUCCUCUAGUAUCACAGCAGAAAACAGGGAUUCCAAGUGCUUUAAAAAAUAUUGAUGCUGUUGCAUCUAUUGGCACUUCAGGCUUAACCGACAUGAAGAAACUAGCCAAGUGGGCAGCAGAAACAAAGCUGGAUCCAAAUGACCCAAAAAAUGCAGAUCUGAUGCAGUUGAUAAUGGUUGCCACUAGUGGAGAUGCUUGUGUUCCUGGUUUCUUCAGACUGGAGCAAUUGCAGCAAGAGUUUAAUUUUGCUUCGGAUGAGGAACUUAACAGAUCAAAAAGAUUCCAACUCCUACAACUCAGACACAGAGAGGUGGCAGAGUUCCGUAAUUAUAAGCAAGUCCCUUUACUUGAAAGAGAAAUAACUGAAAAACUUUUUGAGAACUAUGAGAAAAGGCUCCGUGAGAGGGAUGUAAUUGACAGCAAAGAUCACCUAGAUGCACACAGAGCUUUAGUUGCCAAGUAUCUCCAGAAGGUUAGAGAAUCAGUGAUAAACCGGUUUCUAACAGCAAAGCACCAUUUCCUUCUUUCUGACUUGGUAAAUGAAGAGGAGGUUCCUAGUCUUGGUAAUUUAGGACUCAGUCUUUUUAAACUGGCGGAGCCAAAGCGACCACUAAAGCCAAGAAGAAAGGAGAGGAAGAAAGUUACAGCACAGAAUCUAUCAGAUGGAGACAUAAAUCUUUUAGUGAACAUUAUUAGAGCUUAUGAUAUUCCAGUGAGAAAACCUGUUUUAAGCAAACUUCAACAGCCAUCCAGAUCUUCAAGGUCCUUUAAUGAGAUGUUUGCAGCAUCUCCAUCACCUCAGAGCCCAACCCACAGCAUUGAUUGGGCUUUCAACCAGGUUUUAGUCCAUCCUUUUGUAGAAGUUUCUUUUCAGCGAACAGUCUGCAGGACGACAACAGCAGAGGGGCCAAACCCCAACUGGAAUGAGGAACUUGAACUUCUAUUUAGAGCUCCUAAUGGUGACUACAGCACCACAAGUUUGCAAUCAGUGAAGGAUGAAGUGUUCAUUAACAUUUUUGAUGAAGUACUCUAUGAUGUCUUAGAGGAUGAUCGUGAAAGAGGAAGUGGAACCCACACUCGUGUCGAGAGACAUUGGUUGGGAUGUGUUCGGAUUCCGUUUUCUACCAUAUAUUUUCAAACAAGAAUUGAUGGCACAUUUAAGAUAGAUAUUCCUCCAGUACUCCUUGGCUACAGUAAAGAAAAGAACCUAGGAAAUGAGAGAGGUUAUGAUUCUGUCCGAAGUCUGAGCGAGGGGUCCUACAUAACACUGUUUAUUACUAUUGAACCACAGCUUAUUCCUGGAGAUCCAGUUCGAGAAAAGUUUGAUACCCAAGAAGAUGAGAAGUUGCUCCAAGCAGCAGAGAAGUAUCAGGCUGAAUGUGCAUUGAAGUUUCCAAGCCGCCAAUGCCUGACAACUGUAGUUGACAUAAAUGGGAAAACGGUUUUUAUUACCAGAUAUAUCAAACCUCUGAACCCACCACAGGAUCUCCUUAGUGGUCAUCCUAAUAAUUCUCAGGCAACAGCAGAGUUGGUGGCUCGAUAUGUUUCUUUGAUUCCUUUCUUGCCAGAUAGUGUGUCAUUUGCUGGAAUCUGUGACUUAUGGAGUACAUCAGAUCAAUUUCUUGAUCUUCUGGCUGGUGAUGAGGAGGAGCAUGCUGUGCUUUUAUGUAAUUACUUUCUUGCUAUGGGCAAAAAAGCCUGGCUGAUAAUUGGAAAUGCUAUUCCUGAGGGGACAACUGCAUAUGUAUUAACUUGGGAGCAAAAUCAGUAUGUGAUUUGGAAUCCCAGUAGUGGACGUUGUUAUGGACAGUUUGAUACUUUCUGUCCAUUGCAAAGUGUGGGCUGUUUGAUUAGCUUCGAUAAUAUCUGGUUUAAUAUCCAACAAUAUGAUUCCCCAGUAAGGAUAAAUUUUGACAUCAGCAAACCCAAAUUAUGGAAAUCUUUCUUUUCACAAAGCUUACCAUACCCCGGUCUCUCCAGUGUUCAGCCUGAAGAAUUAAUUUACCAGCAUAUAGACAAGGCUGCUGCAUUAGAACUGCAGGGCAGGAUCGAAAAGAUACUGAAAGAGAAGAUUAUGGAGUGGAGGCCAAGGCAUCUAACUCGUUGGAACAGAUACUGUACCUCCACGCUCCGUCAUUUCCUGCCUCUCCUGGAACAGUUCCAAGGAAAAGCUGUAGAAGAUGACCACCAGGCAGAACUGCAAAAACAGCUGGGAGAUUACAGGGUUUCUGGAUUUCCUAUUCAUAUGCCAUUUUCUGAAGUGAAACCUUUAAUAGAAGCUGUGCAUAGUACUGGAGUCCAUACCAUCGAUGUUUCAAAUGCAGAAUUUGCUCUAGCAGUGUACGUCCAUGCUUAUCCCAAAAAUGUUCUCUCUGUGUGGAUUUACAUUGCUUCACUUGUUCGUAACAGAUAAAAGUUUAGACUGGAAUAAAGACACUCAAUGAGACAGCAACUCCCUGUCAGAGAAACGCUUUGGUGUAAAAAAACAUUGCCUCCAAUUGUACAUAAGGGAAUUGUUUGGAGUAUUGUUCACACCCCCUAACAGUGAAGAUGAAAAAGCAUAGUAGUAUUCUGGAUAUUGCCUUUGUAGAGAUUCUGAGGCACUUUUCAGUCCUUGGCUUUUUCCCUACAUAAGAGAUUAUGUGCAUGCUGGCUUUUGCCUCUGUAUACUAUGAAACACUAUGUAUGGAGCAGAGCCAUUCUCCAGCUUGUACAUAGUUGUGAGGGUAGAAAUGCCAGUAGACACUGGCAGCCUAUACCCGCUAAGCCUCCCAGCACUGGUACUUUCCGAGCUGCUGUUAGGGUGGGAGAUUUCCCCCCAAAAUGUUAAUUGUAGACAUAGCUUCACCCCUCCCUCCCAUCCAGGCUUGGGUAAAACACCUAAAGGAGGAACUCUGCCUACCCACUUUCAGCUGACACCAACCUGUAUGCAUCCUAUGUUGAUGGUUCCGAAACUCUGUCCAGCUCCAAAACAUCUGUUAGUCUAUAAGGUGCCACAGGACUCUUUGCUGCUUUUACAGAUCCAGACUAACACGGCUACCCCUCUGAUACUUGUCCAGUGAAAUUACUUCAGUCAAGAGACUGUGACAAAGUGGGGUUUUAUUCAUCUUGUGAUGUUUCAUGUGAGUCUAGGGUGACCAGAUGUCCCGAUUUUAUAGGGACAGUCCCUAUUUUGGGGUCUUUUUCUUAUAUAGGCUCCGAUUACCCCCCACCCCAUCCUGAUUUUUCACACUUGCUGUCUGGUCACCCUAUGUGUCUUACUGUCAUAUACUAAUAUUGUGUGUGCCUCAGUUUUCCUGUGUACUGUACCAAUAUUUUGGUGGUGGGAAUUCGGUGUGUGAUUUUUGCUGAGGCCCUCAGGGCAGGUGAGGCUGCCCAGCUAUGGCAGUGCCCUUUGUAACCUGAGACCUGGGAGGGGUUGCGACCAGGUGACACCUUUUUGCCUGGGAAGCAGGACAAAGAGGAAGAGGAGGAGCAACUGAUGUGUCAGAGGUCAGCUCACUAGAAGUUGGGCCACCUGGAAGAGGAGGAGUCCAGACUGUCUGGCUCAGGACUUCCCAAGAUGGACUUGGCUAAAAGUCACUGAUUUCUGUGAUAGCAAGCUCUGUUCUAUGCUGUGUUCCUGUCAACUAAUAAACCUUCUGUUCUACAUGGUGGCUGAGAGUCAUUGCUGACUGCAGGAGUUGGGGUGCAGGGCCCUCUGGCUUCUCCAGGAGCCCCACCCGAGACACGCUGUGGGAAGCACAUGGG